AACGCCGUUGUCUGAAUACCGAACCAUCAAACUAUCGUUCAUCGAAUCGCCGCGGUUUCUACAGUGCGUGGCGGUGUAAAGGCAGUGUUAAUCGAUGUGAGCUUCUAUCUUGCUGUUUGAAGUAAACUUGAACCGUUUUUCAAUUGUUUUAUUCUGGAGACAAUUUAAAAUAGGCGGGUUAAUUUGAUUAACCGUUAUUUCCCUUCGGUGUUUUAUGAAAGUAACUGAAAGAUAAUAAAAUGGAAAAACGUAUAGAGUUAGAGAAAAGGGGUAAAAAUCCAGCUAACAUAAAAGAACUCAAUUUGGACAAUUGCAGAAGUACAAGUAUUGUAGGAUUAACAGAUGAAUUUUGUAAUUUGGAGAGCUUAUCUUUAAUAAAUGUAGGUCUAACAUCACUGAAAGGAUUUCCAAAACUACCAAAUCUCAAGAAGUUGGAAUUGAGUGACAACAGGAUUAACAGUGGUCUAAAUUUGUUAGAAACAAGUCCCAAGUUGACUCACCUCAAUUUAAGUGGAAAUAAAAUAAAAGAUUUGGAAACCUUAGAGCCCCUGAAGAAUUUUAAAAAUUUGAAAAGUUUAGACUUGUUCAAUAAUGAGGUGACAACAGUGGAGUAUUAUAGAGAUGCUGUAUUUAAAACCAUUCCUAGCCUCAAAUAUUUGGAUGGGUAUGAUGAAAAUGAUAGGGAGGCUGAAGAUAGUGAUGAGGAAGUCAAUGGGAACGAAGGAUUUGAACAAUCAGAUGAAGAUGGUUUAUCUUCAGAUGAGGAAGAAGAAUUGAAUGAAAGUGUGGGUUUGGGGGCAGUUUAUUCAUCAAAUAUUGAUGAAUUGAGUGACGAAGAAGACUAUGAAGCUUUAGAGGAAGAGGAAGAUUCAGAAAUAGCUGAAGAGGAAGAAGAAGAAGGAAACAGCAGUGAUGAAGCUGAAACGCCUGAAGUGUCGAGAGGUAAAAAAAGGAAGCAUGAAGAAAAUCAAGAAUAAGUGCUAUGUUAGUGAUAUGGAAGGACUAUACUAUUGACCAAAAAAUGAUUUGUGUCUCGAUUUUUGGAGAGAAGAGACAACAUCAGGCUCUGGCUGUGGUAUCUUGAGCUACACAAUUCUACUGGUUCUUGGAAAAAAGUCUAUAAUCAACAUUCAGUUUUCAUAAUAAUUUUAGGUCGAUAAAGAAAAAUAGCAGAGCAGAUUCUAAUAAUUAUAAAUGGUUGUCAAUAAAAUUUUAAUACUGUUAUUCUAGCUCCAAGCUAAUCAUGUAUAUUCCAAUCCAAUCUUACUCUUUUUCCAAUGAAUUAUUAAGUUAUAAUGGGUUAAUAUACUUCUGUUCGAUCAAUCAAAAAUCGAAUUUAUUUUGCUGAUUCCCAAGUUAUUUCACAUUCUUCAACCUGUGUCAGAACAACUCGUCAAGUUACUUAAUUGUUCGGAGAAGAAUUUCUGAAGUGUCCUUCAAGAGAAUGAACCAAAUUCUAAAGUUAUGAUCCAAAAUUCAAUCUGUGUUCACGUCGAAUUUUUAUUUACCUAUGUAUGUAUAUUUUAGACUGUCUGAUAUUGUCGGAAGAAUAAUUUUAAACGAUUUAGAAUGGAGAGUGUUCUAAGUGUAUUUGAUUUGUGAAGAAAUUCAUAAAAUAGAAAGUUCUGACAUGGUUUGGUGUAAAUUCAUUUGGGUAUAACAGCUAGGUCUGGUGAACGAACCACAAAAAAGCAUUUUAAGCAGUACAAAAUUUUUAUCGGAUUUUACAAAGCCCAAAAUUAUUUUGGUUGUUUGCCAUCGAACGUUUUAUAUAAAUAUUAACUUAUUAAUAUAUAUAUAUUCAAAUUUUAAUUAGGGAAUUACUGUAAAGUUACGUUGAUGUUUAUGAUAUGUAGUUGUUAUAACUGAGAGAAUCAUGCUAAGUUUACUAAUGAUCAUUGUCCGUUGAGGAGAUUUCUUUUGUUUUAAACUUUUUUUUCAUUUUUAUUGGUAAUCAUUUUUUUUCGGAAUUGCAGUCUCAUCAUCUGACCUCUUUUCUCCAGUAAAAUCAAUAUUUAAUUUGUUUUUUAUGCACUUAGGUUAAUAGUUGAGAAAAUAUUGAAAUUUGAAUUUGAUGUAUUUUUUAUUUUCUAUUUAUAUAAAAAAUUUAAACAGAAAA